AUGUCGUCCCUCAAGGGCCCUACCCCCCAGCAGCACGCCGGCGCCGGCCUGCGCAUCGGCAUCGUCCACGCUCGCUGGAACGCCACCGUCAUCGAGCCUCUCGUCGCCGGCGCCAAGGCCAAGCUCCUCGCCUGCGGCGUCAAGGAGAGCAACAUCGUCGUGCAGUCCUGCCCUGGCUCCUGGGAGCUUCCCAUCGCCGCUCAGCGCCUCUACGCUGCCUCCCAGGUUCAGUCCUCCUCCGCCGCGGGCGGCUCCUCCGCCGGCGACCUGCUCGCCUCCUCGACCGCCGACCUGUCCGCGACCACCCCGCCCCCGGCGGCGUUUGACGCCAUCAUCGCCGUCGGCGUGCUCAUCAAGGGCGAGACCAUGCACUUCGAGUACAUCGCCGACGCCGUCUCGCAGGGGCUCAUGCGCGUGCAGCUGGACACGGGCGUUCCGGUCAUCUUUGGCGUGCUGACGGUGCUCACGGACGAGCAGGCGCUGUCCCGCGCCGGCGUCGACGGCAAGGGCCACAACCACGGCGAGGAUUGGGGCCUCGCGGCGGUUGAGAUGGGCGUCAAGCGCAACGAGUGGGCUAGCGGCAAGAUUGAGGGCUAA